AUGCGUGUUAACUACACAUUUCUCAGUUUCGCAGUUCCACACAUUGAAACUGGACCAAGACCAAGACCGAGCUCAAGCCAACCAGGACGCUUCGACUCUUCCGACGCUUCGUCGUCAUCUGCACCUACCUACCUGUUGCUCCUGCGCGUCGACCUUGACCUUGACCUUGACCUCUACGCCGAACUUGAUGCACACCUCGCACAAGACGUAUUGCUACACUUCCACCCCAUUGUCGGAGGAGGAGCGUCGUCGCUCCGUGCGCAUUUCUUCUCUUGCCCUUUGCAAACAACCCCGGAGUGCAAUUGCGUCCUCGUCGAGCGACGCAACGACAUCAUGUACUCCAAUUCCAACUCCUUUUUGGGCGGCAAUAACAGCCUCCGCCCAGGUCCCCAGCAAUAUGGCGGCUCCUUUGGCAUGGGCCAGCCGCCUCAGCAGCAGCAACAGCAACAACUCCCGGGACAGCAGGCGAGUGCGUUUGCGCCGCAGCCUACGGGCUUCGGCCAAGCGCCCCUGAGCCAGCAGUAUACCGGCUUCCCUGGUCAGCAACCUGGCAUGAUGCAGCCGCAGAUGACCGGUAUGCCGCAACAGCAACAAGGUCUCCAGCAGCAAAUGACGGGCAUGCCGCAGCAGCAGCAAGGCCUACAGCAGCAGUUCACCGGCUUUCCGGGCCAACCUCAACCCCAGCAGAGCUUCCAGACCGGCGCACCACCGAUGCCUCAGAUUCCGCAGCAGUACCAGCAGCAGUUCAACCAACAGCAGCAGCAGCAGCAGCAGCCGCAGAACAACUUCUCCUCGCCGAGCACCCAGGCGGGCCCAACUAUUCCGCCGCCUCCUGCGAACCCUGUGACAGCCCAACCGACUGGCUUCUCUGCCAUGGCCGCUUCAUUCAAGACUGGCGGGGCUCAAAGUCAGCCAACAGGUCGAAGAGCCGAGAAGAAGGCUGUCAACAAGAUCCCCAACAUCCGGCUGUCGUUCAUCACCGCACAAGAUCAAGCCAAGUUCGAGACCCUUUUCAAAUCCGCUGUCGGCGAAGGCCAAAUGACCAUGUCUGGAGAAAAAGCAAGAGAUUUGUUGAUGCGCUCUAGACUGGAUGGCGACGCAUUAUCACAUAUUUGGACGCUGGCAGACACGACACGAGCGGGCGAGCUUUACUUCCCUGAGUUCGCAUUGGCCAUGUAUCUGUGCAACCUGAAGCUCGUUGGAAAGCAGUUGCCAUCAUCUUUGCCCGACAAUAUCAAGAAUGAGGUUUCAAGUGUGGUGGACAUCAUCAACUUCAGCAUUGCUGACGAGGCCGCUAAUUCCGGCUCUGCAACGACCAAUGCGCCAGACUUUCGCACCAGUACUGCAACGCCUCCGACCAUCCAACAGCCGCAACCUCAGCAGUCAAAUUCGUCCUUACUGCAGACCCAAAUCACAGGUUUUCCCGGUCAGCAGCUUGGUAGUCAGCCAACCGGUUUCCCCGGUCAGUUCCAAGGCCUACAGGCACAGCAGACUGGGUUUCCCGCCAUGAACAACCCACAAGCUACUGGUUACAGUGGACCCCGACCGCCAAUGCCUCCUAUGCCUACUGGUUUCGCUGGGGGUCUCGGUGCCCCGGCUGCUCCCCUGAAUGCCCAACCGACAGGCAUGCCAGGCCAAUGGGGUCUGGUGAAUGCACCCGCCAGUGGGUUACCCAACAUCGACGCCCUACAAGCUCGUUUGAUGCCGCAGCAGGGCCGCGAGCAGGGCAACUAUACCACUGCAGGCCUGUCAGGCAAUGCCGUCAUCCCUUGGGCCAUUACCAAGGAUGAAAAAAAGCGAUAUGACGAGCUAUUCCGGGCUUGGGAUGGUCUGCACAAAGGUUAUAUCGGAGGUGAGACGGCUAUCGAGAUCAUGGGUCAAAGCGGUCUUGAAAAGCCAGAUCUUGAACGUAUCUGGACUCUCGCAGAUAACGGUAACAAAGGUCGUCUUGAUCUGGAUGAAUUCGCCGUUGCCAUGCACUUGAUUUACAGAAAGCUAAAUGGCUACCCCGUCCCCAACCAGUUACCCCCUGAGCUCAUCCCACCAUCCACGAGAAACUUGAAAGGAGCACUAGACACGAUGAAGGGCAUGCUGAACCAGGAGGCCGAUUUCAGAAAAAAUUCCGGAGCUUCGUUGCUUCCUCAAAAGACUGGGGUCAGCUAUAUGAAGAGUCACUCACUUCGAGGAACCCCUGGUGGGGCUGCAGGUCGCAAGGAUGCUACGGUGUUUAAGAACAAUGACGAAUCUAUUGGUUACAAGUCUGCGGCUCGGCGCCGCGUUGGAAAUAACUCACCACGACCGGAGUCUCCAUCAUCUGUUGCUUCCAGCGAUGAUCUUACCCUGGAUCAGUUGCGAAAGAAGAUCCGAGAGAAGCAGGUUCUCCUGGACGCUAUGGACUUCAAAGAUGAAUCGGCUCUCGAGGAGGACGACAUGCUCGACAGAAGAGACCGUCGCGAGGCCGAUGAGCUCUACCGUAGGAUUAGACGUAUUCAAGAUGACAUCAACAGCCAUCCUGACGCAGCUCUGGCAAGUGGUGACUCUGAGGCUGAGCGUCGUUCGAUGAAACGGCAGCUCCAAAAUCUGACGGACAAAAUUCCUCAGGUGGCAUCCGAGGUUCGCAGAGUUGAGAAGGCUAUUGCUGAUGCCAAGUUGGAACUCUUCCGCUUGAGAGACGCAAAGGCUCAUCCCGGCAGUGCUUCAAACAUCGUCGGAACUGGUCCCGGCGGUGCGAUCACAGAGUCUGACCGGUUGAAGGCUAAGGCGAAAGCCAUGAUGCAACAGCGGACUGCGGCCCUUACCGGCAAGAAAAUCGAUGCCAGCAACGACGACUCAGAUGCCCCGAAGCGCCUGGAAGAAGAAAACAUCAAGAUCAGGACUGAGAAAGAGAACAAUGAGCGCUUGGUCCGGGAUGUUGAAGACAGCGUUAGGGAGUUUGCUCGUGGUGUUGAAGAUGGCCUCAAAGAAGGUGGGCAGACUUCGGCCAAUGAGCAUGAAAAGCGUCGUUGGGAGGACGCGCUCGGUGUCGAAGACGAAAUUCGCGAUUUCAUCUUUGACUUGCAGAGGGAGAGCAGAGCCGCGCGAAUCCGCAGUCAGGAUCGCAGCGGUGGCCGCCAGCCAACUGCCGAACCUGUCAGGGCCGAGGCGCCACCUCGUGUUGACAAUCCUAGCUCGAUUGCCCGUACUGCCUCUCCAGCUGCGCCUGCUGCUGCGGGCAAAUCUUACUCCUCCUACAAGACACCCGAGGAGAGGGCUGCGUUUAUCAGACAACAGGCUGAGCAGCGCAUGGCUGAGCGUCUGGCUGCACUUGGAAUCAAGGCUCCGACUAAGCCUGGUGAGACCGCCGCGCAACGAGCUGAGCGUGAGAGAGCGGAACGGGCUGCUAAGAUUAAGCAAGCAGAGGAGGAAGAUGCACGACGUGAAACCGAACGCCAAGCAAAGCUUGCCGAGGAACAAGGCGUACCCCCUCCUGCUCCCAAGGCAGAUCAUAAGAAGCCACCACCCCCUCCUUCGAGGAAAGGAAAGGCAGACGAUGCUGCUGCUAGGCAGACUGCAGACGAAGAAGCCACGAAAAAAGCGGAGCAGGAGCGGCUCGAGAAGGAACAAGCAGAAGAGAGGCGAGCCGCUGAGAAGCUUGAGUCGCAAGCACAAGAUCAAGAAGAUGAGCUUGCUAAGGAGCGCGAAGCAGCCUCAGCUCGUUUGAAGGCUCUCGAAGAGCAAGUAAGACAAGGCAAGCUUAAGAAGGAAGAAGAGAAGAAACGAAAGAAGGCUGCUCUGGCAGACGCUAAAGACAAGGAAGCGAAACUUGCUGCUCGUCGGGCGGAAAUUGAAGCUGCCCGCCAACGUGAGCUUGAGCUUCAGCGACAACUUGAAGCCAUGGAUGAAGACGAUUCUUCAUCCGACGAUGAGGGGCCUCAGCAAGUCACCCCGCAGGCUUCAACUCCUACUCAUGGUGGCAGCCAAGUAGGGAGUCAAGAAAUGGAGCGUAAGAUUACGCCGCCUCCAGCUCCUGCAGCCCCUGCCCCUCCUACCAUCGUCGCCAGCCCGCCGACUGAGGGCGAGAGUAAGAACCCCUUCUACCGCAUGAUGUCGUCAGACAAUACAUCAUCAGCAUCAGGGCCCCAAUCUUUGGAUGCAGCACCAUCUGCUCCACCACCGCCACCCCCUCAACCCGAGGUCUCUACCAACCCCUUCCACCGCAUGACCCAGGAGAAGGCUGCUGCUCCUGCUGCCGCCCCUGUGGUUCCCCAGCCUACUGGCAACUUUUCACGCAAACGACCCGAUACUGACGAUGAAUGGGGUUCUGGUAACGAGGACGAGGAUGAGGAUUCCGAGGAUGAAGGUCCUUCCCGAGGUGGUGCUGCCCAAUUGGCUUCGCUACUCUUCGGCUCUAUGGGACCUCCCCGGCCUUUGUCGGCAGCUGGUAAUAGGUCCAACACCGGCUCCCCUGCCGUGGCAUCGCCAGCUGUUGCGUCACCACCACCGCCGCCACCCAUGAGCCCACCGGCUUCGUCUGAUGGUGGUGCAUCACUCGUCGAUCGUACCAAAGCCGCAGCUGAGGCUAUCAAGGACACCGUUGGGAACGCUAUGGCUGCUGUUAUUGGCGGUCCCGACGAGGCACCAUCCGCACCGCCACCACCACCACCCAUGCCAUCAACCGGUGCACCCGCUGCACCACCGCCGCCUCCGCCAAUCCCUGGCAUGGGUCCUCCACCCCCACCCCCACCGCCAGCUGGUGGUGACAUGCCGGCACCGCCUUCUGGUGGCGGAAGGCCAUCUGGUUUGCUUGGCGAGAUCCAAGCCGGUAGGGCUCUCAAGAAGACGCAGACCAAGGACAAGAGCAUUUCGGCCGUUGCUGGUCGUGUUCUAGAUUAGUUGAGUCUACGCGAGACAUGCUUCUUUUGCGAUUGGGAUUAGUGAGAUAUUGUGGUCGGGGUGAGAUAUCAUUAUAGUUUUAUCUGGAGAUGAUUAAUGAGGUGGUGAGAUUGUAUGAAACUUGUGUAUGUAGGCCAGUGUAGUGUGGGCGAUAGCCUUGCUUGACUUCUAGAAGAUAGAGACGCAUUGCUUAACCAGUCUCUGUUGGUGUAUACAAUUAUUUCUGCUUCUUACAUCCAAAUUUCUUGUCCCUUCAUUCGUGUGACUAGGCCAUAUCUCGUUCCACACUGCAACUAUCACAGGAGGACGAGCUUAGAGGCGCACUUUGUCGACACCACAUUACAUAUACAGGAAUGUGAUGUUUU